AUGAAAAUGGCCGCUUAUUCAAGUAAUUACAAGUUGAAACAAGUGAAAAAAAAGUCAAUUAUUACUUCAUUUACCUUAAUUGUUGCCCUUCAUAAAACGGCGUCAUAUUCAAAAGAGAAUAAUUUGCAAACAGUAGCAAUCGAUAAGAAGGCGGUGCAUAGAAGAAGCAAAAUUCGAAAAUUCGUUAUAACUACGUCACACCACAAUUAA